AUUUCUUACUUCCCCAAUUAACCAAUAUUGUAUUAGGUUAUGGCCAGUGAACUCAUUGAUUCAUUUUUGCAAAAUGGCCACCUAGUUAAUAUUUAAAAUGGCCCUAUUGCUAAAUAUCACCCCUGACACUUGUUCUAACUGUGAAAUAUGUGUGCCAUUAAAAUCUGCUGUUAUAGAAUUAUUUUUAAACAGCCUAGGUGCUUCUGCCGUUUUCUUUGUUAUUAUAGAUCUGUGCUAAACGGCAUGUGGCAAUUUAUUUGUUCCAAGGGUGCAAACUGUAGAGAAAUAAGGAUACUAAAACGCCAGAAUGAUAGAAAAAUAAAGGAAAAUAAGGAAAUAGAGUGAAAAGUGCUGUGAGCAUGUCUUAUUCAACACACACAAAAGUUUAUAUGAAUCAAUUUAUCAUUGUUAAUACAGCCCUUUGGCUUUUUCCUUUUUUUUUGUUGAACUAAGAACCUGUUAAAAAGCCGCUUAGCAUUCUCUAAAGAGAAGAUGUCCGGGGCUCAUCAAUUUGUGCUGUCAGAGUCACAGUUUCACAAUAAAUCAACACCGUGACAUUCGGUGGGAAAGACGGAUGUCUCAUUAUCUGGAUCCACAGUGUAAGCCACAGAGGGUUAAUUUAUUCAAAGGUGUUGUCAUGGAGAUUCCCAUGCAGGUUCUUUGUACAGCAUGAUGUGGAGGAAGAAUUGCAAAAAAAAAAAAAACAAGACAAAUGCCUCAGCAUUGGCUUCUCCCAGAAUGACCCCUGUGGGCCGAGGUCAGUGACUGACAGACACUCAGUCCACUGGCUAAGUGUCACAGUUGUACAGAGCUCUCGUUUCCAAUGUCUACUAUCCAAUGUCUACUGUCUACUAUCCUGCAGAAAUUGGUAUAUUUUUGGGAGUUUGUGAUCAUAAAGAAAGAUUUGCACAAGCAGAUUUUUACAAGCAAAUUUCUUACGAUUUUAUCUUUGGUCCUCCAAUUAAAUAAAGAAGAUAAAACUAUAUUUUAGUAUUUUUUACUGCAUAACUCUCCUUCUAUUAGUUAAUUCUCCUGGGGUCAUUACAAGAAAGGGGUUGUUGUGCAUUGCAUCCAGAAAGUUAAUUACUGCCAUAUUCCAACAUAUUUCUUCUUGUCACUAAAGCACCACUCCAUCUGAUUUUGCAUUUCCCUUUUGAUUUUGCCAUUAACAUCACCACCCCCUCCAACGAAAAAAACAAACAAACAAAAAACACACACACAUGGUUGUGUAUAACUGUUGUAAAGCGAGAGCCAGAGUUUGCAUGCUGCAUCCCUUUGGGAAAUCAGUGCAUGUAGCUCAGGACCAUAUACUGGUGACAUUAUAAUAAUUAUAAGGACAACAUAGAAGCCGUUUGAGUUACAUACACAUUUUUCAGGAACAGUCAGUCUUUCAGGAAUCUUUGGGGAAUGGAACUGGUGGAAUUUGUUCAAAAGGUUUAAUUUGUGAAUGAGGCAAGUAAAUACAAAGUUACCUGCCGAAAACCAAUUUUGGAUGGCCAACAUUUAAUUUUGUAACUUUAUAUGUUUAGCAUCAUCCAUUUUGAACCAGAUACACUUGGUUAAAAGACCUGUGUGAAAUAAAAAUAAAAAUUAAAAAAAACAUGAACACCUCAAUACAGCAGAAAUGCUGAUGCUGAAAAUGUAACUUCUGAAAACGUGCAAACGAAGUUUGAGAGCUUUGUACUGGGUUAUGAGUUUACAAAUAUUAAUGCUGUUCGCUCGACGUGGCACUGAACUGAAGCCAUCAUUGCAGCCAAUAGCAUCAUCGGUAAUGCAUGAUGUAAUCCGGUCCCCUCCUUGUACACUUCAGGAUAAAAGGUCCGAUAAGAGAUGAUUCAGAAACUUCCAAAAUGUUUGACUCAGUAACGUUUCUUCUUGAGAAACUGUGUCUCUUUUCCAUUUUUAAUCUCUUUAAAUGCACUUGGUCUGACGACGACAAGUGCAGGAAACACAGUCAUGCGACUUCUUUCCAGAGGGGUGAUCUCUUAGAGGUCCCUCGCACCUUGUUCAUCCACUCUGGUAUUUACCUGGGUGAAAACAAAGUGGCGCAUCUUAUUCCGGACAUCCUGCCUAACCUCACAAGCGACAAGAAUCAAAUUAAUGAAGUCGUCACUAAUAAAAGAUUGCUUUUGGGCGUUCUGUCCAAGACUGCUAGUAUACGGGUUGAUACAGUUGAAGAUUUUGCAUUCGGAUCCAAUAUUUUAGUCAACAGCAUGGAUCAUGCAUGCAAAAAGCAGCCAUUGCCCAACGAGGACAUCGUCAAAAGAGCCGAAGCAUUGAUUGGGGUCAUAUCUUACAGCUUGAUGUGGAAUAAUUGUGAGCACUUUGUUACCUACUGCAGAUACGGCUCUGCUGCAAGUAUGCAAACCGACCAGUUCCUUGAAUUCCUGAAGUCUGUGGUCCGGGACCAGAGGAGCGUCCUAUUUACCGCUGGUCUAGGUCUCAUAUCCAUCGUUUGCUUUGGUAUGGCGCCCUCCACUGCGCUACCCACUCUUCUAAUCCCAUUCAUUCUUUGGAUGGCUGGCUAACUGACCUGAGAUCAGACACUGCAACUGCACUGGUACAUCACAUCUGUAACUCUAAGAGGAAGGGAAAUGGUGUUUGUUUGUUUUUUGUUUGUUCGUUUGUAUUGCACAAGUUUUUUAAUGCACCACUUACUGUGUAAGUCUGUAUUUUCUGUCACCAAUUCAUUUUGUCUCAAAUAUGAUUACAUUCUUUGUGAUAUUGUGUGCUGUUCAUACCUUGGAGAAGAUUGUAUAGAACUUUUUUUUACAAUUAUAACAGUUGUUUCUGGAAGAGGUGUAACUCGCACACUGGUGCAAUAAUUUCUCUCCAAAUAUGAGAAAAUAAUGGAUAUUGCAGUCAGCUGUACCUUCAAGAUUCCGUCAAUGCUGAAAAUGAAUGCGUGUGGAAGGAAUGAGGGUUAAUAAAGAGAGAAAAAGAGGUUUGAGUUUUCAUAACGACUUGGAGCACCAAAGGGUUUCAGAAGAAAACUCUGGAAAUAUGCUUGAUUGGGCAUAGUAAUAUUUCAUCAAUGAAAAGGGCCAUUAAAUUGUGGUGUAUCCAAACAAGCACUGUCCAUGCAUUGUGAAAACUAAGUGUUCAGUUUACUCUGAUGGUUUUAUGAAACUGACUGCCUUAAACUAUGUGUGGAAGUAUAGAAAGUUAAUCUGUUCAUGUGUUCACUGUUCUUUAAGUGUGAGUUGAGUUGAUGACUUGAGCAUGUUUGCCUCAUGCCGAAGAUGGGAAUCCCUGGUUUGAAGAAUUAGUAGUCACUGUAGCACAUUUUUUCAUAAGGGGUAGCAGUCAGUAGAAGUGCUUUAUGACAUUUUAAUGUAUCAAAGUGAUUAAUCUAUUAUACAUUUAAUGUCAAACAUUGAGAUAUGGAAUAUAUAAUUUUUUUUGUAAUAACUGUCUUGAUGCCAGUCUGAUCACAACUGUAUUGAUACUGUAUGUAUAAGGGUUGGGGAAAGACAAUAUUUAAAGACUGCAUUUGUAAAUUAAUGUAUUGCAUUCAUUUUUUUUAAUGGGGAAAAUUUGUUUGCUCUUUACACACAUUGACUGGGAUUUAACCAACAUUUGUCCUUAACUCUGACUUGCAAAUAAAUUUAUAUUUAUUUUCAAACAUUUUGCGAAGUUCAUUUUGGUGUCCUGUGAACUCACCAAUGUGUUUGUGAAGAACACAAAAUAAAACUUGCAUUUACUUGGAAGUACAUAUUAAGGACAUAUGUUUGAAUCCAUGCCACUCUGUUCUUGACAACAACAAAAAAACUCCUUUCAGUCUAUACAUUCUGGUGUUCAAUUGUUUAUGUACUUCCACAUGCCAAAUAUGCAACGCACAAAAUUUACUUGACUGUUUCUUGACAGUUAUACACAUGUGCACACACAUACACACAGGUAGACAACAGGUUCAGGACUUGUAGAGAAAUACAUUUUUCACAGUUGUGAGCUUGCUCUACUGACUCAGGUGAAGUUCAUCAGUCUUGAGGCUGUCAAACACUUCUCUUGUGAAUUGUGGAGUUCCUUCAAACUCCCUUACAGUUCAACACUUUGACAAAGUGCCCAACAUUCUCAAAUGUUGCCCUUUGAGUCUGUCCCUGGUUUCCAGUAUUAGUGGCAUUUGCUUUGCAAAAAUGUAUGUGUAGAAGGCGGAACCCUGUUUUUGUGAGGAUUUACAAAUAGAAACCAUCAUCUUGCAUGUAAUUAUUACUGUUAGUAGACUUAAUAAAUGACAGAUUUUA